AACUCCCCCUUUCAUAAUCAACGUCACGUAUUCACACCCCUUUCUCUUCUUACUCCUAGUUAAUUAAUUCUCUCAUUUCUUCUUACCUUUCCUCUACAAUCAUCAACCAGCUAAAAUGGCCGGCAAAGACGGAGUUUCAGCGAAGAGUAAUGCAGGCAGGGGAAAGCCGAAGAGCGGAAAGUCCGUCACUCGGUCCUCUAAAGCUGGGUUACAGUUUCCGGUGGGUCGUAUUGCGCGUUACUUGAAGAAGGGCCGGUAUGCUCAGAGAGUCGGUUCUGGUUCCCCUGUCUAUCUCUCCGCUGUUCUCGAAUAUCUUGCCGCUGAGGUCAUAUUCAAUUGGCGGUUCGGAACGAUGACGAAUUGAGCAAGCUUUUAGGCUCAGUCACCAUUGCUAAUGGAGGUGUUUUGCCUAAAAUUCACACUGCUUUGCUUCAAAAGAACAGCAAAGCAAAAACUGACAAGGCUGAAAUUGGGUCUGCAUCACAGGAGUUUUAGUUUUCUGGUUGUGUGUUGGGAAAAAUUUGGGGAUAAUAAAAGUAGGUUGUUUUUGGGUGGAGUAAUUUUUUGGAGAAAUAUAUUUUAGGGGUAAAUUCUAGUAUGGUAGUAAGGUUAUAGUUGAUUGGUGACUAUGUAAAAUGGUGAUGUUUAUGCCUGGUGAACAUUUUCUUCUUUAUAAGAGAAAGAAAUUAUAGUUCUUAGCUUAUCAA